CCGCUUUGGGCUUGGGGGCAACAGAAAAAAGACGCGUUGCCAUGGGCUCCUGACGCGUCCGCGCGGCUGCGACCAUGGGGGCGGCGUUGCCGAAGGGCCGCCAGGGCGGUGGUUUCACGGAGCCCGAAGGCCUCCGACCUCUACGCCGCGACUGGGCGCCAGCCUUGGAGGUCAGCGUCAAGGCCAUGUGCGGCACCGAGCUCAAGCAAGGGGACCCCCUGGCGGAGUAUUUGUUGGGCUUGGAUCGAGCGCAUCCCAGGCGGUUGGAAUUACUCCGCUUCCUGGCCAUCUUGAUCUUUGAGGAGAGUCUCCUGUGCGGGGGCUUCGGCCUAGAGCUCUACGAGGGCGGCCGCUUGGCCGCGGUGUGCCUCGGCACCUCCUCCGCGAACGGAUCUCUGGCGGCUUGGCGCGGCCGGGCGGCGGCGUGGCUGCUGCGGAGGAAGUGGGCCAGGCGCCUGCCCCGGGGCCCGGAGGCCGAGGAGCUGCUGCUGCGGGCCUUUGGGCCCAACGGGCUGGCCUCACAGCUCGAGUGGAGACGCGAGAAAUAUGCGGCGGAGCCGCAUCUCAGUAUACCUCUCAUGAUGGUGGAGCCGCGCCUCCAGGGCCAGAAGCUCUGCUCGCAGCUCAUGCGGGCCAUGUGCUGCCGGGCGGACGAGGCCCAGCUGCCCUGCUACCUGGAGACAGGAGGUGCCCGGAACGCCGCCAUCUACCAGCGAUUCGGCUUCCAGGUGCUCGACCAUUUCGAUGUGGGCGUGGAGGUCUUUACCCUUUGGCGGCCCAGGAAAGGUUUGUAGGCUUCUGCCACUGGCCGGCGAAGAUGCGGCCAAAAGCGUAGACCAAUUCCCGGGAAAUCCGUAGGUUGCCCAUCUCGUGGCUCACAUUGCAGCCAAGAGAUCGGGGUCUCUACCACCCGUUUUUCACAAAACGUUUUUGAGCGCUUCCAUUUGCUGAAUUGGCGGCCCCAUGAUUUUUUUACAUCCCAUCAAAGUCCGAAAAUGGAGUCCUCGUGCUCUGAGCUGGCUUUGAUGGUACUUGGCCGCCCGAAUGCUGCGGCUGGGGUCA